AUGCAAAUCGUGGGUGGCUACCGCCUGGGCAACGUCGUCGACUUGGGGUCGACCACCGCCAAUGUCCCGGGCAACGACGGCUUGUUUGAAGUGGUAGUGCUGACGCUGGACAAGUACCAGGUCGGCGACUGGGUGAUCCCGGCGUUACCUGGGAUGGGCACCUGGCGCACCCUGGUGGCCGCGACCGUAGUGCCUGAGGGCGUGCUUCCCUUUAUCACUGUGGACAAGCGCAUCGGCCGCAAGGCGGCGGAAGUGCUUACGAUUAACCCGCCGACGGCGGUGGCGCUCUUCCACCACGUCCAGGACUGGCGCCCGGGCCAAUGGAUCGUCCAGAAUGCCGGCAACUCCCAGGUGUCCCACUACGUGGCGCAAUUGGCGCGUUCUAGUGGAGUCAAGGUGCUUCUGGUGGUGCGCGAUCGUCUGUACCCCAAAGUCGCCGACCAAUUGAAGGCUAACGGCGCCACUAAAGUAGUCACCGAGCUGGAGUUGCUCAAUGGAGAUGUCACAGUCGACGGCGACGUGCGGCUUGCCCUUGACUCCGUCGGGGGCCCGACUACCGAGGCGAUGAUGCACUUGUUGGCCGAUAAAGGCAUCUUGAUCACCUACGGAGUAGUUUCGGGCCAGCCGGUAUCGUACCCAGGUAGAUUGGCGUUCGCUAAAACGUUGACGGCCACUGGGUUCUGGCUCACUAAACAGCUGUUGGCUGACCCCCAGUGGAAAAUCAAUAUAAUCAACACCUGCGUCGACUUGUUUCGCGACGGCGUCUUCUCCGUCGGUGACGACAUCACCUACGUUGAAGCGACGCCGUCGACGUUGAAGCAAACCUACGUGAGGGCGAUUCAAGCCUCUGGUAAACACGUCGUCGUCUACAACCACAACGAGUAA